GUAUUCACAUGAAUGCGUUUUAAUCUGAUCCCUGUAACUCGGAACUGCCGAGUGCUUCUAGACUGCAGAAUGAGCUCCUUAAAAGACAUCCGUGUACCGUACGACUACGACGGAAACUCCACCCUCAACGACACGAACUUUCGAAGUUUGAACCCCUUUGAACUGUUCAAGCAAUGGAUGGAAGAAGCGGUCAAAGAGCCGAAUAUCAAGCAGCCGAAUAAAAUGGUAGUCGCCACAUGUGACCAAAAUGGACGCCCAUCUAGUCGUUAUGUUUUGUUAAAGGAAUAUGACACUGAAGGCUACGUGUUCUACUCUUGUCUAAACAGCAAAAAAUCUAACGAGAUCAAAGCAAACCCAUUUGUAGCUCUUAAUUUAUACUGGGAAUUUUUUCACCGCCAGGUGCGAAUUGAGGGAAAGGCGAGCGAGGUAACGCGUGAUCAAACUAAUGAAUACUUCAUUUCAAGGCCAAAAGGCAGUCAAAUCAGUGCGGCAAUCAGUCCCCAAAGCGACCCGAUUCCAGAUCGGAAGUUUUUGGAAGAUGCUUACUCCAAACUGGAAUCAGAGUACGAAAAUAAAGACGCGCUGCCACUUCCGGAUGACUGGAGUGGAUUCAAAGUGGUGCCGGACUAUUUCGAGUUCUGGGCUGGAAAUACUGACAGGCUGCAUGAUAGAUAUGUGUUCGACAAGAGGUUGAGUGCGGACGCGUUUGAUGAGAAAACGAUGACUAAAAACUCGGAUGGUUGGAUUGUGUAUCGAAUUGCUCCCUGAACUAACUUCUCAACAUUAUUUUCUUGGUAUAUCGAGCAUUGUAGAUGGAGAAAAACAUUUAGAAUUUAUUUGAAAAGAUUUGCUAGCAUGGUUCUUAACUUAUUGUAAAUGUGAACAAAAACAACUAAUGAGAUGUCUAUUUACACUUGCCAGAGCAACUGUGUUUAAUCGGUAACUAGGUUUUUUUCC